UUUUAACAACAAACGUUAGAUUAAGCUGUAAUACCAGAUAUGAAUACUGUUUGGGCUUCUUGUUAAACUUAUUUUGAAGUUGGUGUAUUCAAGUGAGGAAGCUUUUCAGCACGCGACGUAGUGUUUAUGAUGUAGCUGGUUGAGUGUUCCCGAUAUGUACUGGAAAUAAAAUUGAAGUAGAAAAUAUUCGUGUAGCUAACCACACUCGGGUUUCUGGCGUGCGAAUUUUGUUGAAAUUUCAAUUAUUGUGACAGUGAUAUGGAAUCUAAUCCAGCUGACAAUUAUCUAACCUGUUUGUGAGUCGAUUAGUCGAUUCGUCAUUGGAAAUUAACUGAAUAUUAUACUACAGUAUAUUAUUACAUUAUAUAUGCUUCUGUGGCCUCAUGAUUGAGUGACUGAAUUAUUAUGUGAUAUUAAUUAUUAAUUUAGAAGGAUACGUAUGGGAAUCAAUUAUAUUCAGGGCUAUAUGGUUGGUCUCACAAUGUAAUUAAUUUAAUGUUCAGGUGAACUAUUGUGAAAGCGUGUUAUGUAUUUCAAAAACAUUGCCAGUUGUCGUCAACAAAGAUGAAACUAUUAUUUAUAUUAAAAAGUGAUAUCUCGACUAAUAGUUUUAAAAACAAGCCCAUCAAUUUUUUUUAGCAACGAUUGGACUGAUGAUGGUUUUAAAGGCAUACCGUUUACUGUAGUCAAAUAACUCAGAGACUUUAAGGAUAAUGAUUCUGGCUGUGACGUAAUUGAAAGAGAUUAACGGAUUAUCGUUAUAUUAUGACAGUAUGAUGACUAUAGCACGUGACAGGAAAUCAAUAUAGGCCUCUAACGUGUAAAAUCGUUAUAUGGUCGAGUUAUUAAUAAACAGGAUUUGCAUUAUUUGUGAAUAUUAUUCAAAGUUAAAAUGUCCGCAAAAGAACUUCUGGUUAUUGCGUCAUUGCUGAUUAUUACUUUGCCGCUGCAAGGUAUUAAUGGUUUCUCUGUGGCAAAUGAAACAGCUUUAAGAACGUACUUAUUUUCAACAAAUGCCUACGAUUUAAAUGUUCGACCAAAAACAGUAGUUCAACUUGAAGUUCGGUUCAAUCUACUAACUAUUAGUCAAAUGGACAUCCGAGAACAGGUUUUCAAAGUAAGCGGGUGGCUGACCGUGCAAUGGUAUGACAGUCGGUUAUCCUGGGAUCAGACAACUUAUGGAGAUGUUGGUUUUAUUUUUGCUUUGGAUACAGAAGUAUGGCGUCCAGCACUUAUAGUCAGCAAUUCUGUGGACAAUUUUGAAAUAAUUCAAGAUGAGUAUUCUCCUUUAAGGAUUGCAAAUACUGGUCGAGUUGUCUGGGAUCCUCCAGGAAUCUAUGAAGUCAACUGUGAAGCCGACAUCUCAUACUACCCAUUCGACACCCAGGAAUGUUUCAUUACUUUACAAAGCUGGGGAUACAAUCUCCGAGAAUUGAACAUUUCCGAAUUAGGCAACGGGAUAAACACGGGACUAUAUGUCCCUAAUGGCGAGUGGGAUCUUGUAUCCAACUAUUUUACCAUUGUACAGAGAACCGACAUCAAAAAUGAUGAUUAUAGUCAGAUUAUAUUUCAUUUUAAUCUGAAACGAAGAUCAGAAUAUUACUGGCUGAACAUCCUAUUACCAGUUAUUGUCAACUCUAUCCUCACCGCCUUAGUGUUUGCUUUACCUGCCGAGUCCGGGGAAAAGAUGGGUUACUCACUGACCGUCCUUUUGUCCUUUAUGGUGCUGUUGACUCUUGUAGCUGAUAAAAUACCAUCCACCUCCAUUAACACAUCCAUCAUAGUUGUGUAUUUUACUUCAGUGCUGAUAUUGGGAGCCGUGUCUGUAUUUCUGAGUACGGUAGUGCUUGACCUGUACUUCCGGGACGAGAACGAGCGGAUUCCCGCUUGGCUGAUGUUUCUAUCCAAAAACAUCGUCGGUCGGCUCGUCUGUUACAAAGGCUGCAAACGAAGGUCAAAGGUUACGGCUAUUCAGCCAAACACCAACGGUGAUGUGUCUGGUCUCAGACAGGGGCUUAGAAAUAGAGAUUCUGAGAGGAAAACUGACUCUAAGCGGAAAACGUCUGAGGAAAAGGAUGAUGUAGAAGAGGAGACAUACACGUGGAAAGACAUUUCUAAAAUAUUGGAUAUUUUCUUUUUGUGGUUUUACCUAAUUAUUAUUACAGUGAUAACAAUUGGAUUUUUAACUGUUGUCGCAACGUGAAAAUCCACGAUAGGUAAUCUCUCGAGCUCAAUUCAUCCACCCAAUCUGUUAAAUUGUAAUAUUUUGUGAAAUAAUACAAAGACACUACAGUGAAUCUAUUGGGAGGAUCACGCUGAUAACACCUUUAGAUCCAUCUAGACAUUUUGUUAAACAUACAUUAUUCAAAAGCUAAAUCUGCCUAUUGCAGUUCUUUCUUUAGGCCCGAAAUGUUAUCUAAAUUAUUUUAAUAAUUAGACAUUAAUUAACUUAUCCAUGCCCAUAAUCAACUUUCGAUGCCAGCGCUAGCUUGCGAUAUUUAGCGGAUUGGAAUACAUUUUUUUUAAAAAUAAUUAAACGUAAAAAUGGGUAAUCAAGACUUUGGGAUCUCGGUUCAAAGUGGAGAAAUGUGAUUGAAAUUUUCAGCAUAUUCCAUUUACGAUAUCUAUUUUUAAUAUUAUAGCGAGAACUGCCAACUCUUUAUCUAAUCUUCCAGAAGGCGCCUUUAAAUUUUGAUAUUUUAAACAUUAAAAAUGUUAGUUUGAUGUAAUAGAUAUACUAACCACAACUUAUACUGUUAUUAGGGGUAUUAACUUACUUUGUUGUUUCAAGUAAAGGGUUUUAUUUCUAA